AUGCUCACAAAAGAACGGCAGCGAUAUGCUGCUGGUAUCGUAACUUUACUUGGUGUAGUCGUUAUAUGGAAUAUUUUCGCGGGACGAGAUUAUAAUAAACCAUUCGCAAUAACAUAUAUAAAUACCGCGUCUUUUUCGCUAUAUCUAUUGGCAUUUUUUCUUUUUAAAAAAAAACAUUCUAUUGACAAACAAAGAAUUAUGGAAUUCAAUCAUGCUCUAUAUGAUUUUGCUUCACGGUCAUCAGCAGAAUCCAUAAGUGAGCAUUCUGCAAAAUCUGAUGAUGUUACUCAUGUAACUCCUGUAGAACAAUGUAUAUCUACUACGCCACAAAGUGGAACAUAUUCACAUAUUGAUCCCCAUGAUGUACUUUUAUCGGUUCGUGACGAACAAAAGUUGUCUAAGCGGGAGAUCGCAAAAUUAGGCUUAACCUUUUGUAUAUUGUGGUUUGCUGCAAAUUGGAGCAGUAAUGCGUCCCUUGCAUACACUACUGUAGCAAGUAGUACAAUUUUAGCUUCAAUGUCAGGGUUCUUUACUUUAGGUAUUGGUGCCCUUGUUGGGAUAGAACAAUUAUCGUUUCUCAAAUUCAUCGCUGUUUUGAUUAGUGUAAUUGGUGUUUUCUUGAUUUCUAAAGAAGGUGCACCAGAAACCCCUGGUGGCAAUCCAGAAAUUCCGUCUGACCCCUUGUUUGGUGACUUUCUCGCCCUCCUUGGUGCAUUCUUUUAUGGUUGUUACACGGUUUUAUUGAAGCUUCGUAUACAAAAUGAAUCUCGUGUCAAUAUGCCCUUAUUCUUUGGGUUUGUUGGAAUUUUUAAUGUAUUCUUGUUAUGGCCUUUUUUUUGGUUACUUGAUUUGCUCAAAAUCGAGUCUUUUCAAUUACCUCCGGACAAUACUAUCUGGAUCAUGAUAGCAAUUAACGCAUUGGUAGGUACAUUCCUUUCGGAUUAUCUUUGGCUGUUGGCAGUGCUUAUGACUUCACCAUUGGUUGUUACACUUGGAUUAUCAUUGACAAUACCUAUGGCGUUGGUUGGUGAUUCUGUAUUCAAAGGAAUUUUAAUGAGUGAUACAUAUUGGUUGGGUGCUUUUAUGAUUCUUUCUGGCUUUUUUACAGUCAAUUUUACGGCACUUAAAGAAAAUGGAAAUGAACAAAAGUAUAUUUUAUUAAAUGAUGAUGCUAUAUGA